UAAUGGGAGGGUGGAGGAGGUGGAAGCUUCACUCUGCUCUCUGAGAACAUGCUGGGUCUUCUCCUUGCCGCGGUGCUCCUGCAGGCCUCCACACAUGUCGGCUCCAGCCCCCUCCCCGACGAUCACAGAGCGCCUCGGGAGGAAUGGGCCGUCCAGGAAAUGCAUUCAAUGCAGGCCGACCCUGAGACUCUAGAAGAACUGACUGAGACGACGGCCGUGGUGGAGGGAGACAUGGUGCUGUCAAGUGACAGGAACGCGGUGGAGAACAUCUGGCCGACCACUCGGGUCCCGUACGCCAUCAGCUCGCCGUUGGCUGGUCGAACAGCAGACAUCCUGGCUGCCAUGGCGAUGGUGUCUGAGCCCACCUGCUUAUCGUUCCACAAGAGGACCACUGAGCCCGACUACCUGGACUUCGUCGUCGGCACCGGGUGCGCGUCCUACGUGGGCCACAUUGGCGGCGGGCAGAGUGUGUUUGUCGGCCCCAGGUGCAACGUGGGUAACGUGGCCCACGAGGUGCUCCACGCACUGGGCUUCCACCACGAGCACACGAGGAUGGACCGCGAGGCGCACGUCACCGUGCUGACCGACAACAUCAUGGAGGGCAAGGAGGUAAACUUCGAGCAGUACCGAGGGAACACGUUGGGCCUGAGCUACGACGUGCGCUCCAUCCUGCACUACGGCAGCGACUUCUUCUCAGCCAACGGCCUCCCGACCCUCGUGUCCCUCAACUCGGUGGCCAACAUGGGGCAGCGGGAGAAGCUGACCCAGCUGGACGUCCGCAGGGUCAUCCUCCUCUACAACUGUGGUACUUUCAAGCUCACUGAGGAUGAGGACCACGACCAGGAACCCGGCGCUUACUGGCUGAUCCAGUACAGUACCAACCAGACGGGUUCUGACAGAGAGGAAGAUCACAGCUCCUCUUCGUCGCUGAGGCUGGACGCCGCCACUGGAGGGCAGAACCACACCGGCUCGGAGAAGAACCCUUAA